AUGCAAAAUAAGAAAAGACAAAACCAAAACUUAACAAAACCGCCACCCCCUAAAAGGCCUGGUGAACUAAACUUUAGUAUCAACACAAGAGAUACUACGUGCAAUGAGUGUGGAGAAAACUUUACUAAACCAAGUAGUUUGAAAUGCCAUCUAAGAACUCAGCAUACAAACUCUAAUGUAGAACCUAGUUCUUCAACUGGGAAUGCUUUGCUUGAUGACUUGUUGGCAGCUUUGAACCGAGAACAGCUGGCAACACCCUUUAUGACUGAAGUCGAUAUCAACAGAUACGACUACUCUUCUGGCAAGGAAUAUGACAAUGAAGAUGACAAUGAGUAUAACAGGCAUUAUCAGGACGAUCAAGUCUUUGAGCCUGAUUUUGAAAAUGAUGUAUCAGACCAUAAUGCUCUUUACAACUCUAUUACUAACUACCUUUCUUCUUUUGACAACAACGAUGACUUAGACCUGGAAAACGAAUCUGACAACACUGAUACUGAAACUGACCCUGCUAACCUUGCGGAAAAACUCAUGACAGGCCCUAUCUCAGGCUGUCAUCCUUUUUCCAAUUUGCAGACAAUGACUCUGAAGAAGCUUUUGUUCACCAUGAACAUGCUUCUCAAGAUUCAGACUGACUCUGCUGGACAAGGAACAUUCAAGCUCCCUAAGUUGAAUGCGCUCAUGAAGUACCAGCAUAACAAGAAAAACAGGAUCCCUAUACUUUCUACUGUGGAAGUAAAAGAUCUUACCUCGGACCCACCAACUGUAAUUGCUGAAGUCACCCUGCCAUCAACUCAUAUCGAACUUUUCAUGGCCAAUCCAGAAAAGUGCAAGAAGAUCUUUUCUUUGCCUGACCAAACUCCUGACCAGUCUACCUGUUUCCAGCAAGGCGAGAAAUGA